AUGACACAGCUGCGGUCUCCCAUUAUCAGGGCGCCCCUGUGGGUGGGGCAGCUCCAUUUGCUUAAGGCUUACCUCAGAACAGCCUCAGCCCCCAUGACGUCAAACCUGACCCCUUAUAAGAUGCAGGGCCCCCGGCCCGUGGUCCUUCAGCAGCCUCCCAGCUCUGACAUGGCUCAGCUGACCAGUGGCUUCUGUUCCACUUUUGGCUUCAUCUGCUGCCUCCUCUUCCUUCCAGCUUCUUGGGAGGCAGGUGCUAACACAUUCCAAGGACCUCAGAAGACUGGUGAACCUUCAACACCUGACCAUUUACUCACCCUAACCCCAGGCCUUCCUCACAGGUCUCCUUCUGCCCAUGCUGAUCUGGACCCAGGGCAACGACCUUCAGCCCUUCCUAAGUCUACAGUAACCCAGAAGCCAAAAAAACCGUGCAAUACAGUACGCUUUGCCAAACCAGUCCAUAAACCCAUAGACAACUCCAAAGCCGCAGAUAACCAAAACACCACUGCUCAUCAUGAAAUGACUCCCGCUGUGGAAAAGAAUGCCAGCAGCCAAAGAAGAGACCCAAUGACCCGGAAUGGGCGUUCGGCCGACGACCCCAAAUCCACUAACACAGAGAAAGCAUCAGGGGGAAGCCAGUCAACCUCAGCACCCAGGAGAAGAACAACUUGUAAGUCCACAACGAGCAAAAUCAGAGUAACGAGGAACUCGGAUACAGCAUCGAGACCUGUGGACACCAGCACUAGGCAAAGGACCACCUCAUACAAACCCACAACUCCUUCCCAUGACUCAGAGCUCAGUAGAAAAACCACACCUUCCUCAGGAAAAUCCUCAGGCGCUCCAAGGACCUCACACAGGACUCCAAGGACCCCAGCAACAACAGAGGCUGGAGAUCACAGGACUCCCUUUACCUCAGACAAACCUGUCCAAAUAACUACAGAACACACCAAAGAGAUCACAUCAGCCGGUGACAAGACCACAAGAACCCAAGUGACUCUGGAAGAUCAUGAGGGAGAGAAUAUAUCAACCAGUGACAGGACCACAGGAUCCCAUGCAACAGCCACUCAGUCUGAAAGAGAGCCUCAACCAGCCAGUGACAGGACCACAAGAUCCCGUGCAACAGCCACUCAGUCUGAAAGAGAGCCUCAACCAGCCAGUGACAGGACCACAGGAGCCCAAGCAACAUCUACAGAGCAUGAGGGAGAAACCAUAUCAGCUAAUGAGAGGACCACAGGAACCCAAUUGAUGCCUCUAGGACCUGAUACUACACCAGCCCAGGUAAAGACCACACGAGUCUCAGCAAAGUCUACAGAACACCCAGAAGAGGCCGCACCAACCCCCCAGGAAGCCACACAAGACUCAGAAAGUCCCACAGUAUUCUGGAGGAAGACCACACCAGCCACUGUGGCCAUAAGAACUACAGGAAACCCAGAGAAAACAGUAGCAGUCUUGGCGACCACAGGACCUCCAGCCAGGACCACAGAGGGCAAGUCUACUGCUCGCUCUCCUCAUUUCCAUAAAACCGAGACCACACGCCGGGGACUCCUCGGCUCUGUGACAACCAGAACGGACCUGGGACCCGUCCCUUCAGAAACCCAGCACCCCCAGCAGAGCAGCCACAGUUCACCUGGAGGCCUCCAUGCUGCCGGGGCAAGCAGGGACGGCAGUUCAUUCCCUGCGUGGGCCAUAGUUGUUGUGAUCCUCUUGGCGGUGAUUGUCCUGCUGAUUUGCAUUGGCCUGAUCGUUUUGGUCGCCUGUGCCUGGAGAACGCGCCGUGUGCCGGCCCAGGACUCUGAGGAUUUCGACCCUGAGGACAGAGGGGGCCGCAAUUCCUACCCCGUCUACCUGAUGGAGCAGCAGAACCUGAAACCGAACCAGAUCCCUUCCCCUCCGUGACCUUGAGACGUGCAUCCCCCCAACUCCUCCAGGCUUCGCCCCUUUCCUGGAAGAUGAAUUCUGCUUAGAGACUCCAACUUCCGGGACUCAGGAAGAGCAGCAAAAGCUGACAGAUAACAGCUGCAAGCCCUGCAGGGCCGGGUUUUCCUAACGGACUGGUUGAGGAGCGAGGUGUCGAGGAGAGGACAGGGCGUUCAAUGGACA